CAGCCUUGGUUGCCCUAAAUAAGUGAGGAACUCUACAUGUGAGGAGCAAGCGGAGGCAAGGGCUCAUCUCUCGCGAGGAACGACGCCGUUAUCGGAAUCUCUACAAACAACACGAGAAUUCAUCAUUCACACGUUGUGAACAAUGUCUGCACAAGAGUUGGGUGAAAUUGUGCAAAUAACAGUGGAGGACUUUAACCAAGAAGACCGGACGGAGAUGCUUGACAAUCAUGAAGAAGAUGAAGAAAAGCCUCCAAAGAAAAAGAGGAAAUUAAGCAACAGCCAAGAGAAUAACAACAACCAAGACAUAUGUUUUAUAAAGAACAUGUUGGUCUCAUUCACUGCAUCAAUCAGCAAUCGACUGGAGGGAAUUGAAUCAAAGUUACAGGCUCUGGAUGCUACAUGCAAAGCUCUUGGACGCAAACUAGACAGCAUGGUGCCCUCUGCAAAGAGUCCAAUCCAGGUUCCUAUGGUUGCAGGGUCUCCUCAGGGGGCCACUCAGACGUGGAACAAAGUGCGCUGUGUUGUUCCACAAACAAAUGUGAUAGUGAGCAGUGAGCACCCGAAGGGCACUCCUAGUCAAGAAGAAACCCCUCUGGAGAAUCUGCUCAGCAACACAGUGACCAGGAAGCGUCAGAACACAAUCCUGGUAAAGGUGCCUGGCCCUGAGGAGAGUCAGGAAGAACAGGAAAGUGGCUCAGAGGCCAGUGACACUGUUUCUAAUGGUGGCCAUUCCAGCAGCGUGCAAAAUGGCCCAAAUGUCACACUCAUCACACUCAAUUCAGAAGAUGAUUAUCCAGCGGGCACCUGGCUGGGAGAUGAGAACAACCCAGAGAUGCGAGUUCGUUGCCCAGUGUCUCCAGCUGACAUGCUCCAUAUCACCACAAACUGCCGCACAGCAGAGAAAAUGGCACUGACGCUGCUGGACUACCUGUUUCAUCGAGAGGUCCAGGCCAUGUCAAACCUCUCUGGCCAGGGAAUACACGGCAAGAAACAGCUGGACCCACUCAUGAUCUAUGGCAUUCGCUGCCACUUGUUCCAUAAAUUUGGCAUCACCGAGUCAGACUGGUACCGCAUUAAGCAAAGCAUCGAUUCAAAGUGUCGCACCGCCUGGAGGCGCAAGCAGCGUGGCCAGAGUCUGGCUGUCAAGAGCUUCUCCAAACGCACACCUCGCAGUACAUCCACGGAGGGAAGCAUGGCAGAAGAAACGGCUCACAUUGAGACCGCCACCCAGCAGACCUUGCACUACACACUGGCCAAUCAACAAGUCCAGUUUCACCGUAUUGGCGAGGAUGGACAAGUUCAGGUGAUUCCACAGGGUCAGCUGCACAUCGCCCAGGUGCCACAAGGAGAGGAGGUGCAGAUAACACAGGACAGCGAGGGAAAUCUCCAGAUCCACCAGGUGCAUGUUGGUCAAGAUGGACAGGUGCUACGUGGGGCUCAGCUCAUCGCGGUGGCAUCAGCUGAUGGCGGGGCCACAGCAGUAGAGGGCUCCCCCCUCCCCCCUGACAUCCAAGUGCAGUACGUCCAACUAGCGCCCGUCGCAGAUCACACAGCUGCCGUACAGGCUGCUGAGCUGGCCCCGGCCUUGCAGGCGGACAUAGAGGUGAAAGAGGCCAUCCAGGGCGCCAUCCAGGGAGAGAACGGCGAGGUGGUCCAGAUUGUCACCUCUGUGGCCACCUGAGAGCCCCGUCCUGUUCGACACAGCCCUGAACUCUGCUCCGCAGCAUGGCCUGACGAGUCUCAACGGAACAUCAGAAGUCGACAAAUGCACACAUUCUGACGAGCACUUAAGUCAGAGAGAGUUUUUUUAACAAGUACUAAAGGUCACUGUCGAAAAACAGGGAAGAAGCAUUUUUCAGUUUUUUGUUUUCCCUUGCAAACUCCUCACUCCGUUGCCAACCGUAUGUCGCAAUAUGGAAAUGUUCACAGAGAACUUGAAAAGACCAUGAUACUCUAAAAAAUCAACUGUGGUCUUUCUGGUGUUUUCAUCACCAGAAGGACCUGGCCCACCGCAGAAUACACAGUGGGAUUAUUGUCUAUCCAGGGAGGACGCUGCUUAUGCAGACCAUCACCCUGCCACUUCAUCAGCACACACGCUUGUUUACAUCAACUUUGGAAAAUAGUGGAGUUAUUUGGAGUUAAGCCGCUUGGCUAACCCCGAAACCCCCAUGAGGGUUUGUAAAACCCCUAAAUCCCACCUCAAACAACCAGUACUGUGCUCCUUUUCUCGUCAUUUCUUGUCACGGUGGACGGCAGUGGAAAGUAGAUUUAGCUGAGCACAGCUACUCUUGGUUGUGAUUAAUUUGGUUUCCUGUCACUCUCCAUGAUUCAGUCCAUACUAUGUCUCCCGGCUGUGAGCGCUGCCUUCCUUUACUUUGCUCUUUCUUGUUUUCAUUCUGCUUUAGCCGCACAGCUUUGUUUGUUUGUUUGAUUUAUCUAAUUGUAACAUGCCGAAAUUUUUGGGCAGCUUUAAUUUUGGAGGUAGAAGACCAUGAAAUAGAAGAGAUGGUGCCAGUGGUAGACAGCACAAGUUGCUUGUAGAAAACCAACGAAACCUUGAAGUUGUUUAUUUCCCCCAGUUUUGUCUCUGUGAAAGAUACAUUCAUGUGAAUAAAAACAUGUCUGUGGUUGCCAUAAAA